GCCAUGACCCUCGCGGUCUGUCUCUCGGCCUCGGCCGCGGGAGUCUAAUAUCCCGCACAGUUGCGCGCAGCAGCUGGAGAGCCGACCGCUGCACCCUCGUCGCCCUUGGCGCCUUAUCACUCCCUGCCCCGGAGCUGGGAGCAGCGCGACCCCCGUGCAAACUGGGGGUGUUUGCUGGAGCAGCCCCCGCCGCCGCCGCUGCUGCCCCGGGCUCUGGCCAUGGCCUGGCGGGGCGCAGGGCCGAGCGUCCUGGGGGCGUCCGGGGGCGUCGGUCUCCGUCUGUGGCUGCUGCUGGUGCUGCUGCUCCCGGGGCCGGCUUGGGGCUUCGGGGACGAGGAGGAGCGGCGCUGCGACCCCAUCCGCAUCUCCAUGUGCCAGAACCUGGGCUACAACGUGACCAAGAUGCCCAACCUUGUGGGGCAUGAGCUGCAGACCGACGCCGAGCUGCAGCUGACCACUUUCACGCCGCUCAUCCAGUACGGCUGCUCCAGCCAGCUGCAGUUCUUCCUUUGUUCCGUGUAUGUGCCAAUGUGCACAGAGAAGAUCAACAUCCCCAUCGGCCCAUGUGGCGGCAUGUGUCUGUCUGUCAAGAGACGCUGUGAACCUGUCCUGAAGGAAUUUGGAUUUGCCUGGCCGGAGAGCCUAAACUGCAGCAAAUUUCCACCCCAGAAUGACCACAACCACAUGUGCAUGGAAGGGCCAGGAGAUGAGGAGGUGCCCUUACCUCACAAAACCCCCAUCCAGCCUGGGGAAGAGUGCCAUUCCGUGGGAACCAACUCCGAUCAGUACAUCUGGGUGAAAAGGAGCCUGAACUGCGUUCUCAAGUGUGGCUACGAUGCUGGCUUGUACAGCCGCUCGGCCAAGGAGUUCACGGAUAUCUGGAUGGCCGUGUGGGCCAGCCUGUGCUUCAUCUCUACCGCCUUCACCGUGCUCACCUUCCUGAUCGAUUCUUCCAGGUUUUCCUACCCUGAGCGCCCCAUCAUAUUUCUCAGUAUGUGCUAUAAUAUUUAUAGCAUUGCUUAUAUUGUCAGGCUGACUGUAGGCCGGGAGAGGAUAUCCUGCGAUUUUGAAGAGGCAGCAGAACCUGUUCUCAUCCAAGAAGGACUUAAGAACACAGGAUGUGCAAUCAUUUUCUUGCUGAUGUACUUUUUUGGAAUGGCCAGUUCCAUCUGGUGGGUUAUUCUGACACUCACUUGGUUUUUGGCAGCUGGACUCAAAUGGGGUCAUGAAGCCAUUGAAAUGCACAGCUCUUAUUUCCACAUUGCGGCCUGGGCCAUCCCUGCAGUGAAAACUAUUGUUAUCUUGAUUAUGAGACUGGUGGACGCAGAUGAACUCACUGGCCUAUGCUACGUUGGGAACCAAAACCUUGAUGCCCUCACAGGUUUUGUGGUGGCUCCCCUGUUCACCUACCUGGUGAUUGGAACUUUGUUCAUUGCUGCAGGUUUGGUGGCCUUGUUCAAAAUUCGGUCAAAUCUGCAAAAGGAUGGGACAAAGACAGACAAGUUGGAAAGGCUGAUGGUCAAGAUUGGGGUCUUCUCAGUCCUGUACACGGUUCCUGCAACCUGUGUGAUUGCCUGUUAUUUCUAUGAAAUCUCCAACUGGGCGAUUUUCCGGUAUUCUGCAGAUGACUCCAAUAUGGCAGUUGAAAUGUUGAAAAUUUUUAUGUCUUUGCUGGUGGGCAUCACUUCAGGCAUGUGGAUUUGGUCUGCCAAAACUCUUCACACGUGGCAGAAGUGUUCCAACAGAUUGGUGAAUUCUGGGAAGGUAAAGAGAGAAAAAAGAGGGAAUGGUUGGGUAAAGCCUGGGAAAGGCAAUGAAACUGUGGUAUAAAGCUAGCCAGCCUCCACGCUUCCCAAAUUUUGAAGGGGGAAAUGCCAGCAUUUCGGUGCAAAUGCUACUAAAAGUUUCAUGCAAUGAAUCUCGGUUUGAACAAACCAGCCACCCUAAGGUGACCCCCAUAACCCACCACCCUCUCCCUCACUUCCCCCCAAGCAUCAUAAAACUAAUGAUUUUGGUGCAGACUUUGGAAUAAUCCAAAAUGGAAAAGCCAGUUAGAGGCUUUCAAAGCUGUGAAAAAUCAUAACAUUGAUCACUUUAGCAGGUCGAAACUUGGAGCGUGGAGGUCCUGCCUAGAUUCCAGGAGGUCCAGGCGAUGCUGCUUUUCCCUGAGGGGUGGGAUUUGAGCUGUGAGUAGGUAACUUGCAGGGAGAAAGGUUAACUUUUUUUUUUAACUCUUUAAAAUUUAAAAUACUAACUGGGUCUUUCAGAUAGCAAAGCAAUCUAUAAACACUGGAAAUGCUGGGUUCAGAGACGUGUUACAAGAGUUUUAUAGUUUGGCUGAUCUAACAUAAACAUUUUCUGUGGUGCAUUGUCUGCUGUUUAGAACUUGUGGAUUGCUCUCCCAAGAGGUGGUGUCAGAAUCUUUCAGUGCCUUUGUCAUAAAACAGAAUUGUUUGAACAAACGAAAGUACUGUACAAACACACAUAAGGUAUCCAGUGGAUUUUUCUUCUCUCUCUUCCUCUUAAAUUUCAACAUGUCUGUUCGAGGCUGCUGCUGUUUUUUUAUCUUACAUUAAUAAGUCAAAAAUAGGCAUUUUUAUAGGAAUUUUUGCACUGCAGCGUGCCUAAUGAGGGGGAAAGGAAGGGUGAUUCACUUUCUGACAAUCACUUAAUUCAGAGGAAAAUGAGAUUUACCAAGUCGACUUACCUUACCGACCCCAGAGACCUAUUGCAUUGAGCAAUGGGGACUUAAUAUAUUUUACUUUGUGUGAUUGCAUCUAUGCAGACGCCAGUCUGGAAGAGCUAAAAUGUUAAGUUUCUUGGCAACUUUGCAUUCACACAGAUUAACUGUGUAAUUUGUGUGUGUCAAUUACAAUUAAAAGCACAUUCUUGGACCAUGACAUAAUAGUAUACUCAACUGACUUUCAAACUGUGGUCAGCUUGCAUUCUCAGAAUGAUAGUGCCUUUUUUUUCUUUUAGCAUAAGAAUGUUAUCAGAAGAAUCUGGUUUACCUACCACAAUGGAGACUUUUUCAGUUUUGUACAGGGAACUGAGGACAGCUAAUCCAACUGCUUGGUGCAUAAUUGUUUCCCAGUAAUUGGCAAAGGCUCCUUAUAAGAUUUCAUUGGAGGCAGUGUGGCCUGGAGUAUUUAUAUGGUGCUUAAUGAAUCUCCAGAAUGCCAGCCAGGAGCUGAUUGGUUUGUAGGGAAUAAAGUGUAGACCAUAUGAAAUGAACUGCAAACUCUAACAGCGCAGGUCUUAAUUGCCUUUUGAGGAGGUAUCCAGAGCUUUUAAAAUUUAUGCUUUAUGUUCCUUACAAGGGGGUACCCCCCAGCAGCCUCUCAAAAGUUGCAGUUCUUUUAAAACUGUAACUGGCCUUUCUCUUAACCCGCCUCAGGCCUUCUAAUCGCCAGAUCUCUGGGACAAAUUGUUGACACUGUCGCAGGUUGCUCUCCUUGUAACUCUUACCUGUCUUUGCUUCAGCGACUCCUUUGCAAUGACUCAUUUAUUUAUUUAUUCAUGCCCCACUUUUUAAAAAACAGAUAGGAAAGCUCUUUUAUCACUUUUUUUUUUUUUUAGUGGAAAAACAUCUGCAGGGACUCAGAAUUCCAAAUAGGUAGUCAAAUUCUGGAAAUAAGCAUGACUUUUUGUUUACUUGAGCUUUAUGCCCAUGGUUUGACAUUUUCCUUCCUUCUUCCCUCUGUUUUUGUGUGGUUCUUGAGCUGUCCGAGAUGAAGAUGCAUGUAAUGUCUGCUGCAGGUUCUGGAAGGGAAAGUCUUGGGGCUUUUGAGACUGUUACUAAGUGGGCACGUGGGGGUGGGGGGGCCUUGCUGUGUGUCCCCAGCCGGGCUUAGUACCUUGGCUGGCCUCUGGCGUCAGGACUUCAGGAGCAUGAGAAAGGAUCCUCGGAAGGACCAGUUGAACUCCAUCUGAGACCACAUUGCCUAUGAAAUGUACAAUGUGAACGCCCCGUGCUGCUGCAGACGGUUCCCAUAGCUGGCCAGGGCCCUGGAGCGUGCACCCAGGGGCAGAGCCUGCCCUUACUCACGCUCUGCUCUAGUGUCUUGGGAAUUGUGCAGAGCCUCUGGCCCAGGCAAGGGAAGGACCGUGCAGCCGGGCACUGGCCUUGCUGUUAGCGUGCUGGGACUUGUAAUGCAAUUUUCUUUGUAAUGUUUCGGUGAUUGUGUGACCAAGGCAGCACCUAGAAGAGGGCAAGCCACAAAGUAGGUGCUCAAUAUUUGUGAGUGAUGAAAUAAUAAUAUAACAAUAAGAACACUUCAGUGAACCUGGACACUGAGUUCUGGAGCUAGUGCCCUGACAACUUCUUGGGUUUUAACAUGUCUCUCCAGCAAAGCUCUUGCCUUCUCAGGGGGCAGUAUAUUUGGUCAGAAGUGGCUGUGGGUGCAGGCCGGGUUAGUAGCCUCAGCAAUGUCACAGGUUAUAGGCCUUUCCUUUCACACUCCAGGCAAUGGAGAGUGUUUAUGGUUUCAGGAAAGGAGCUGGUGGCUGAGGAGUCAGUUACCAGUUACUCUGAAGUGACUCCAUCAUCUUUCAAGUUGGUUUUGUUUAAAAAAAAAAAAAAAAAGGUCAAUUAUCAGCAGGUUGCUUGAGUGCCAUCUGUGUGUAAGGCCCUGUGGUAAUCACCGUAGGCGAGGCCCCGGGGCAUGAGCUCUGUGCUCACUGACCGAGACCGGGAUGCUUCUGGGUCUGCUGAACUCUGCUGUUGGUUUGGGGAAGGUGUGUGUGUCUCUGAGUUGCCAUCUCUUUCGCUGUCUCCAUCUCCUAAGCCUCUUCCUGGGUCUUUCUGUCUUUGAUGCGUCUCUGAUCCCCUCCCAGAAUCCCCUGCAAAUCAGCGGCAGGGGCUCUGGCAGGAAGCAUCCGCUGUUUCCUGACGGUCUUUGUGGAAAUCCCCGAGGAAGACUAUGAAAACUGGCUGGAACAGCGCGAGCUCCCACAUGCAGUGUGGCUUUGGGGGCAGGCAGUUCAGGGCUUGGGCUGUUCCAUGCCGGUUGCACAGGUAAAUUUGUGGGCAGUGUCUUGCUAGGAAAAAGGUUAGGGUGGUUGGCUUUUUUUCUCUGAAGUCUAGAAUAAGUAGGUAUGUUUGUAGCUUCUACACAUAGCCUUGGCCAGAGGGACAUGGGCUAGCGUGGACCUGGCCAGAUCCAUCUGGUUGAGCUGCUUGGUUGAUUCAUACCCUUUUUCCUCUAUGGAGACCUGUUUCCUGCCCUCUGAGACUGCUUCUGUGCUGGCAGCUUGCUCAGGGACCUGAAACCUGAGAAAGGGUGACACUUUUCCCUGAGAUGCUCUCUGACUUUCCUUUCCCCGGUCACUCCCACACCUGCACCCCCAGACCCAGAAUGCAGGAAAUUUCUGUAUCCAGUUCUGAACUGUGGCUUUCCCAGCACCCCCAGCUCUGUCCUCUCUGGCCCCCCUCAGCCUCCUGGCCACUGAGUUUAGUGCUUACUGUGUUGGGAGCCAAGCUGGGACCUGAGGUCGCAGAGAGGAGCUCAGCCCCAGAGGGCACACUCAAUUGAGAGGGAUUUCACAGGGAUGGUGCAGUCUCUGGGUUCUGGUGAUGUGACCUCAACAGCAGUUAGGGAAGAGAGCCUCAGAGCACAUACGUUCUAAGCCACCCCCUCCCCCCACCCCCGAAUCAAUCUACAUCCUGAAUUUCCCUCUGUGAUGGAAGAGAUUGGAGAGAGCUGCUGUUUCAGCCAACUCUGUUGAGUCACUGGACUCUGACGGUUCUUUUUGCUCCUCUAUUGUAUUUAGGUCCAGAGUCCCCAGCUGGGUUUGUAUCAUGUCUGGCAAAGGACCCAGGUUAUCAUUUUUCCUCUGCGCCUAGAUCACAGAUCUUGGAAACUCCUAGGAGAGCAUUUUGCUGCUACCUAGGAUCAGAUACCAGAGGCUUAAAUAAUGUAUUUGGCUUCACUGUGGCCUGGCCAGAGCUUUCUGCUGCUGCCUCUUGCCACGCACAUGUGCGGUGAUGGCACGCCAGACAUCCCCAGGGGGCGGGGAGCCUGGAUUCCCCCCGCAGGCCUUCGCCCCGUGGUCAGCCCAGUUGCCCUAUAGUAGCUUGUUUCUGUUUCUGAUUUACCUCUUUCUUUCCCUUCUUCUUUGCACUAGCAAAUUCUCAGUAUUCACCUGGGCAGAUGACAGUGGGCCUGUUUGGGGUCCUGUGUUAUCUUUGUUCUUCAAGUUAUUGUGGCUCCCUGAUCCCCUGUGAUAUUCAGUACAUGACCGCUGUCACCCCAGGAGGCUUCUGAGAAGAGGGGCAGGGGCAGCUAUGCCCUGUGACGGCUGGGUCCACCUCUCCCAGGUGUGCACCUUUGCACACCCUGCUGAUGGGCUCCGCCCUGUCUUGGCUGUGGACUUGGGGGGUGGGGGGCAGGCUGCUUUCUAGGUCUGUCACCAUGGGGCAUCUUGGUGGUUCUGAAUUUUUUUCUACCUCACAGAGAUGUAAGACUUUAAAAGGCCUGAGGAUGAAGGCCCCUUGAGCUCGUUAUAGGAAGGGUGGAAUCCAUACCAACUGGAUCUGUGAAAACAUGAAUGUGACUCGAUGUGCUCAUGCCAUAGUCAAGUUAGUGCCCUGUGGCCCUUUCACCAGAGCCCUGUGCUUCCCUGUGCCUCCCUGCAGCGCCAGCCACCUUGAAGCCAACCUGAGGGCUUUCAGAUGUUCGACACAGAGGUACCAGGCAAACCCCGGCUACACAUGCCCCGAACGCAUUGCUGACCGUCGAAGGAAAUGGACCCUGCUUUUAAGGAUGUACAAACGUGUGUCUGCAUUGAUGUCUGUACUGUAAAUUUCUAAUUUAUCGCUGUACAAAAAAAAAAUAAACUUUGCUAUUUAAUUUUUGUAUUAAAGGAAAAUAAACUUUUGUUUAUUACCUCA